GGGGCGGCGCCGGCUGGCAGCCAGCUCCUCGGCGCUCCCCCUCGCUGGCGGCGGGAUGGUGCGUCCCGCAGGGCGCGCGCGGCUCCCGCGCUCGGGCCACCCGGCGCGGGCGGGGGCGCAGAGGGAGGGGGAGCGGGCCCGACUCGCAGGACCGGGCCCCGGCCGCGCCGUUGGGGAGCGGGCCCCGCGGGGCGGGGCGGGAGCCGCCGCGGAGCUCUGGCCGCCGCGGCCAUGUCGGACCCGGCGCUCAAAGUUCCCGAGGAGAUGUUCCGAGAGGUCAAGUACUACGCGGUGGGCGACAUCGACCCGCAGGUUAUCCAGCUUCUCAAAGCUGGGAAAGCUAAGGAAGUGUCCUACAACGCACUAGCCUCACACAUAAUUUCGGAAGACGGGGACAAUCCUGAGGUUGGAGAAGCUCGGGAAGUCUUUGAUUUACCUGUAGUUAAGCCAUCUUGGGUGAUUUUGUCCGUACAGUGUGGAGCUCUUCUGCCAGUAAAUGGUUUUUCUCCAGAGUCAUGUCAGAUUUUUUUUGGAAUCACUGCCUGCCUCUCCCAGGUGUCGUCUGAUGACAGGAGUACCCUGUGGGCUCUGCUCACCUUCUACGGGGGAGCGUGUCAGCUACAGCUGGACAGGAAAUGCACGCAUCUGGUCGUUCCAGAACCGAAGGGGGAGAAAUAUGAAUGUGCGUUAAAGAGAGCAAGCAUUAAAAUCGUGACCCCUGACUGGAUCCUGGAUUGUGUAUCUGAAAAAACCAAAAAGGAUGAAGCAUUUUAUCAUCCUCGACUUAUUGUUUAUGAAGAGGAAGAGGAGGAGGAAGAAGAGGAGGAGGAGGAGGUAGAAAAUGAGGAACAGGAGUCCCCAAAUGAGGGUAGUUCAGAUGGAAAAUCAAGCCCUGCCAGUUCUCAAGAAGGAUCUCCUUCAGGGGACCAGCAGUUCUCACCCAAAUCCAACACUGAGAAAUCCAAAGGGGAGUUGAUGUUUGACGACUCUUCGGAUUCAUCACCCGAAAAACAAGAGAGAAAUUUAAACUGGACCCCCGCUGAAGUCCCACAGUUAGCUUCGGCGAAACGCAGACUGCCCGCGGGAAAGGAGCCUGGCCUAAUUAACUUGUGUGCCAACGUGCCGCCCGUCCCCGGCAACAUCUUACCCCCUGAGGCCCGGGGCAACCUCAUGGCUUCGGGACAGAAUCUCCAAAGUUCUGACAGAUCAGAACUGAUCGCUACUUGGAGUCCAGCUGUGCGGACACUGAGGAACAUUACUAAUAAUGCUGAUAUUCAGCAGAUUAGCCGACCGUCAAAUGUAGCACACAUCUUACAGUCCCUUUCCGCGCCUACAAAAAACUUAGAGCAGCAGGUGAAUCACAGCCAGCAGGGCCACGCAAAUGCCAACGCAGUGCUGUUCGGCCAGGUGAAGGUGGCUCCCGAGCCACAUGUGCCGCAGCAGCCGCCACAGCCCCCGCCGCCGCCCCCGCCGCCGCCCCCGGUGCUGCACCUUCCCGCCCAGCAGCUCCUGCAGCUCCAGCCGCAGCCACAGAUCUCCCAGCAGCCUUAUCCCCAGCCGCCGCCGCACGCCUUCCCCCCACAGCCGCUGCCCUUCCCCCAGCAGCCGCUGCACCGGCCCCAGCAGCCCCUGCAGCCCCUGCAGCCCCUGCAGCAGCAGCAUGCCCUGCAGCAGCUGCACCAGCUCCAGCAGCAGCAGCUCCAGCAGCACCAGCUGGCCCAGCUCCAGCAGCAGCAGCUCCAGCGCCUGCACCAGCAGCAGCACGUGCAGAGCCAGACGCCGCAGGCCCCGCAGCCCCAGGCGCAGCCCCCGCACCCCCCGCACCAGCCCCCGCAGCCGCACCAGCAGCCCCCGCACCAGCAGCCCCAGCACCAGCUCUUUGGACACGACCCAGCAGUGGAAAUUCCGGAAGAAAGCUUCUUACUGGGCUGUGUGUUUGCAAUUGCCGAUUAUCCGGAGCAGAUAUCUGAUAAGCAGCUGCUAGCCACCUGGAAAAGGAUAAUCCAGACGCACGGCGGUGCCGUGGACCCUACGUUCUCCAGCCGGUGCACACAUCUCCUGUGUGAGAGUCAGGUCAGCAGUAUGUACGCACAGGCGAUCAGGGAAAGGAAGAGGUGUGUCACCGCGCACUGGCUGAACAUGGUCCUGAAGAAGAAGAAACUAGUGCCGCCUCACCGUGCCCUCCACUUCCCGGUGGCGUUCCCCCCAGGAGGAAAGCCCUGCUCUCAGCACAUUAUUUCUGUGACUGGAUUUGUCGACAGUGACAGAGACGACCUGAAGCUAAUGGCUUACCUGGCGGGCGCCAAGUACACGGGCUACCUUUGCCGCAGCAACACGGUGCUCGUCUGCAAAGAACCAACUGGUUUAAAGUAUGAAAAAGCCAAGGAGUGGAGGAUCCCCUGUGUGAACGCGCAGUGGCUUGGCGACAUUCUCCUGGGGAACUUCGAGGCGCUGAGGCAGGUCCACUAUGGUCGCUACACGGCGUUCAAUCUGCAGGAGCCAUUUGCCCCGACUCAGCACUUGGUUUUCAGUCUUCUGGAUGCUUGGAGAGUCCCGCUGAAAGUGUCGGCGGAGCUGCUGAUGGGUGUGAGACUACCUCCCAAACUGAAACAGAAUGAAGUGACCAACAUCCAGCCUUCUUCCAAAAGAGCCAGAAUUGAAGAUAUACCACCUCCCACUAAAAAGUUAACACCAGAAUUGACCCCUUUUGUGCUUUUCACUGGGUUUGAGCCUGUUCAAGUUCAACAGUAUAUUAAGAAGCUCUACAUCCUUGGCGGUGAGGUCGCCGAGUCUGCGCAGAAAUGCACACACCUCAUCGCCAGCAAAGUGACGCGCACGGUGAAGUUCCUGACGGCCAUCUCUGUGGUGAGGCACAUCGUGACCCCGGAGUGGCUGGAGGAGUGUUUCAAGUGUCAGAAGUUCAUUGAUGAGCAGAACUACCUCCUUCGAGACGCUGAGGCCGAGGUGCUGUUCUCUUUCAGUCUGGAAGAGUCCCUGAAAAGGGCGCACGCCUCCCCACUCUUCAAGGCAAAAUAUUUUUACAUCACACCUGGAAUCUGCCCAAGUCUCUCAACCAUGAAGGCGAUUGUGGAGUGUGCAGGAGGACGAGUGUUGUCUAAACAGCCGUCUUUCCGGAAGCUCGUGGAGCACAAGCAAAAUAAGAGUUUGUCAGAAAUAAUUUUAAUAUCCUGUGAAAAUGACCUGCACUUAUGUCGAGAAUAUUUUGCCAGAGGAAUAGACGUGCACAACGCGGAGUUUGUUCUAACUGGAGUGCUCACACAAACACUGGACUAUGACUCAUAUAAAUUUAACUGAUGGCGUCGACACUGCGACUGGAGCCCUGGGACGCCGUCCGGCCGUGCCCGCUGCCGGGCGGAGCAGGCCGCUCCCCUUCAGGUGCCCGUGUUUUCCAGCUGCUCCAGCAGGCAGGCAUUUUAAAGCAGGAGAACACAGAUAAUAAAUAUACUGCAUCUUAUUAAGAUGUGUAAUUUUAUUCUGAGGAAACAUAAAUUAUGUUUUGUAUUAUAUGAAUUUACGAGCCCACAUUAGGUUUUAUGAUUCAUUUGCCAGGUUUUUAAAUGUUUUCACAACACUGUUAACUUCGGCUACAAAUAAAAUGGUGUAAAUAAAGACCUUGCUAUCUCUAAAUUAUGGAUGUUAAAGAUUUGAAAUGUUUUGUACUUUAUUUUUAUUUCUUAUACUCUUUUCUUUUAUAUUGAUAUCUUGCCCACAUUUUAAAUAAAUGUACUUUUGAAC